UUUUUCAAGAAAUUAUCUGAUACCAGUUGAUAGGAGAUAAAGAAAUCAAUAUAGAAAAUAGAUUUUAUAUUUAUCAUUCACAGUGAAUACAGCCAGAAUUUAACACGACCUUCCUAUUUGUAUUACCUGUGCAUUAAAUAUAAGCAUAAAAAAAUGCCGCCUCCACACGCAAUGCCCUGCGGGCCACAUUGUGGUACUGGUUUCUGCGCUCCCCACUGCUACUACCGUGCUCGUGUAGUGGUACACCCGCCGCCACCACACCACCCACCGCCGCAGCACCACUACCUGCCGCCACCACAUCACCACCCACCGCCACCUUUCCACCACCCACCACCACCUCAUCACCAUCCUCAUCAUCCGCCAACUCAUGGCGUACCACCACACAUGUUGCGGUAAUAUAACUGAUAUUCACAAGAUCUUUAUGCUGUGAUAGAGCAAAUACCAAGACAAAAUCAGUUCACGUCCAGAUAUUGCUGUUUCAUAAAAUAUCAAGAUCUGUUCUUUUUUUAAAUUUUUUAUUAUAUUGAAACGGUUAUUUUUAUCAAUAUUAACAUCUAAUCGGAAAUAAUUCCGUGCAUAUGAUUACUUUUUAUUACCUUUUUUUUAAUAAAGUAUUAAUUAUAUAUUGUACUGGUUUUAUAUAUUGUUUACCUCUUUUCUAUUCUCAGUAUUGCUAUGUAAUAUACACAAAUUGAAAUAAAAAUACAUUUUGUUCUAAUAAACUUAAUACUACCAGA